AUGGCUUUCGUGCUUGUGGUCUGUGCGUGUCUAUUGAGCAGUGUGACUGGCGUGGACAUUACUAUACAGCAUCAUAUCAUCUGCAGUGCCUACGGGUAUCAACUUCUAGAAGCGAAGUUUGGUCGGGAGGUGUAUCUGUUGUGUUUGAAGUUGCAGCCGAUUGGAUCGUCCACCUUAGCUACACGUCACUCAGCUCUCUUCUUGGACCCCGAUGAUCAUGAUGAGAAGAUCCAUACACCGUUAGAGAGCAUUCCGCUGGCUGACAUCACCAUGGCAUACGGGUUUCCAGUAGAAGACCCUGCUUCUGGUACCGCUGAGGGAUACAUAGGAGAAGACUAUCAGUUCUAUGGAGUUUUGCAUUUAGGUAACCGUACUCUUCAUGCGGAUCCUUACGGCCACGAUGACCCGACCAAAUACUUUGGCGCCUUCGAAAACGACAAUAUGGCGGCGCCGCGGUACCGACGCGAUCAUGCACAGGUGAUCAGUAUAACGUUCUAG